UCCUUCUCGCAGCCUCCUUCCGGGGCUGCUCCCCCGACCCACCCACACCCCCUUGGCAUAUGCUAUGGCAGAGCCCAACCACCACGGAGGGAAAAGGAAACCGUUUGGAAACCGCUUCCUCACCGACCCGGCUCGUCUUUUCCAGCACAACGCCUGGGACAAUGUGGAAUGGUCUGAAGAACAGGAAGCUGCUGCAGAAGCAAAGGUUCAAGAGAACAGCAUACAAUUUGUAGCCCAAGAUCAGCAAGAUGCCUAUGAGAUCAAUGCCAACAAGUAUUGGAAUGACUUCUAUAAAACCCAUGAAAAUGGUUUUUUUAAGGACAGACACUGGCUGUUCACUGAAUUUCCUGAGCUGGCUUCAAAUCAAUAUGACAGUCAGGUUGGCAUGAGUGUCUCUGAAGACGCUUUGGGAAACACCAAAAACUCUGGCCUUGACAGUGGACUUGGUUCAGUGGAGACUGGAGUCUCACAGCAUCUGGAUUCUGAGACAAACAUCUUUAACACGAAUCAUCAGUUGCAUACAUCAGAUGAAAUGGCAUUAGGGAAGCCAGAGGAACAAAAACUAAGACAUAGUGACUUCCCAGGGUCAUCUGCUACUUACCGAAUACUAGAGGUGGGAUGUGGUGCAGGAAACACAGUCUUUCCCAUUCUCCAAAACAACAAUGAUCCAGGCUUAUUUGUGUAUUGCUGUGACUUCUCUACUGUGGCAGUAGACCUUGUCCAGGCCCAUCCGGAAUAUGAUACUUCUCGGUGCUUUGCCUUCGUUCACGACCUGUGUGAGCAACAGAUGCCCUUUCCAAUGCCGGAUGAGAGUCUUGAUGUGGUGGUUCUCAUCUUUGUCCUUUCAGCAAUUCUUCCGGAAAAAAUGCAGUGUAUUAUCAACAGACUUAGCCAGCUUCUAAAGCCUGGUGGAAUUAUUUUGUUACGCGAUUAUGGCCGUUAUGAUCUAGCCCAACUUCGCUUUAAGAAAGGUCAGUGUCUGGCUGAUAACUUCUAUGUGAGAGGGGAUGGCACCAGAGUUUAUUUCUUUACACAAGAUGAGUUGGAUUUGCUCCUCUCUACUGCUGGCUUAAAGAAAGUUCAGAAUAUGGUGGACCGUCGCCUCCAGGUGAACAGAGGAAAACAAAUCACCAUGUACAGGAUCUGGAUCCAGUGUAAAUAUUGCAAGCCCCCAGGCCAAGGGGAGUUGAGGAGUCUUUAGCAGAGAGGACACCCUCUCACCAUUGUGGCUGAAUGUAAUGAGACCUUCCCUUUUGAGAGGACUGCCCCCAUGAUGCAGGAGAAAUUACCAUAAACCUGAUGCAGCAAUACAACUCCACUGUGCUUAUGUCAGAGGCAAAGUUUACUUGCACUGACCACAACUUUUCACCUGGAGUGAACAUUUUAAACUUGCUGGGGCAAAGAUGCCUCAGAAUGCUUAAUACUUGUAAUGAGCUUGAACAUAACUUUGUGGUUUUCAGAGCUAUUCCGGUAGUCUCGUAAUUCGCAGGCCUUCUUCUGAAUUAGUUACAUUUAUUCACUAUUCCUUCAGAAACAGCACUCCAAUCUCAGCUUGGCUGCUGUCUCUUCCAACCUCUGCCUAGCUCAAUUUGGAGUGGCUGCCUCCUGCCACUUAUUUGGCCAGUAGGGAGAGGAAUGUCUCUUUCCAAGAGAUAUGGAAUGGGAUUAGUUUAAAAAUGGAAGCAAGUGCUUCUGCUCUCCUUGAGUUCACUCACUAUGCAACUCUGAGGCUCAUACAGGCUAGUUCAUGUAAGCCUGAGGUGAGGGGCGUGUUGUCAACAGUGUCAUGUGGCUCUCCAGGCACGAUGUGUCCUCUCUUGCUCCAUCUGGACUGCCCCUCUAGGAAUUGCUUCUGAAGAAAGUAGGAAGACCUGUGCUGAAUCAGACCAAAAGCCUAUCUAGUCCAACAUUUUGUUCCCAUAGUGGCUAACCAGAUGCCUAUGAAAAUCAUUCUGCUUGUGUUCCCUAGCAACUGGAAUUCAGAGGUAUAUGUACUGGUAUUCAGAGAAAUAUGUACUAUUUGCACUGUAAAGAAGUACUUCCUGUUAUCUGUGCUGAACCACACGCUGUUGAGCUUCAUUGGAUGACCCUAGGUACUAGUAUUAUAUGAGGGAGAAAACCUUCUUCCUAUUCACUUUGUCCACA